AUUUCUAUUUCUUCUGCGCUCCUUCCUCUCCACCCUCCCCAUCUCUGUCCACGUUUGCUUCUUUCUCCCUGUGUAUUAUCUAUUCCCUCUAUCCAUCCUUCGACCCGCAUAUUCUAGAUCUCACAUCCAUCAUGGCUCCCAGGGUCAUCGUUGUUGGUGGUGGCUUAUCUGGCCUCAGCGCCGCUCACACCGUUUAUCUGAAUGGUGGAAAUGUCUUGGUUCUGGACAAGCAGGGCUUCUUCGGUGGCAACUCCACCAAAGCCACAUCCGGUAUUAACGGUGCCCUGACAAGAACACAGACCGAUCUUGGUAUCCAAGACAGCGUCAAGCAGUUCUACGAAGAUACCCUCAAGUCCGCCCGCGACAAGGCUCGUCCUGAUCUCAUCAAAGUCUUGACCUACAAGUCUGCUUCUGCUGUUGAGUGGCUUCAGGAUGUCUUCAACCUUGAUCUUACACUGGUAUCUCGUCUCGGAGGUCACUCCUUCCCCCGUACACACCGUGGCCAUGACGCCAAAUUCCCUGGCAUGGCCAUCACAUACGCGUUGAUGCAGCGACUAGAAGAGCUUACCGAGUCCGAGCCUGACCGUGUCCAGGUCAUCAAGAAGGCCCGUGUCACUUCCGUUAACAAGGAGGGCAACCAUGUCACUGGUGUCACCUACGAGUACAACGGCGAGACUCACACUGCCGAUGGUGUUGUUGUUCUCGCCACUGGUGGUUAUGCUGCCGAUUUCACAGAGGAUUCCCUGCUCAAGAAGCACCGUCCCGACACCUUCGGCCUGUCCAGCACCAACGGCACUCACGCCACCGGCGACGGCCAGAAAAUGCUCAUGGCCAUCGGUGCCAAUGGCAUUGACAUGGACAAGGUGCAAGUCCACCCCACUGGUCUGAUCGACCCUAAAGACCCUACUUCCAAGUGGAAGUUCUUGGCUGCGGAGGCUCUCCGUGGUGAAGGUGGUUUAUUGCUUAACUCGGAUGGACAGCGAUUCUCCGACGAGUUGGGUCACCGUGACUACGUCUCGGGCCAGAUGUGGAAGGAGAAGGAGAAGGGCAAGUGGCCCAUCCGCCUUGUCCUCAACAGCAAGGCCUCCAAUGUCCUUGACUUCCACACCCGCCAUUACUCUGGUCGUGGCCUCAUGAAGAAGAUAAGCGGAAAGGAGCUUGCCAAGGAAAUUGGCUGCGGAGAGGCUGCCCUGAAGAAGACCUUUGAUGACUACAACCAGAUCGCCGAGGGCAAGAAGAAGGACCCAUGGAACAAGAAGUUCUUCCACAACUUGCCCUUCAGCAUUGAUGACACUUUCCACGUUGCCUUGAUGGAGCCUGUGCUCCACUUUACCAUGGGUGGUAUCGAAAUCAACGACCAGGCCCAGGUCUUAAACUCAGAGCUCAAGCCUUUCGAUGGUUUGUACGCCUGCGGUGAGUUGGCUGGUGGUGUCCACGGUGCCAACCGUCUGGGUGGUUCAUCUCUACUCGGUUGUGUCGUUUACGGCCGUGUUGCCGGUGACAGUGCCAGCCAGUACCUCUUCCAGAAGGUCUUGACUGGCGGCGCGUCUGCUGCUCAGCAACGUCUUGGCCAGAUCUCUCUUCACAUCGACCCAUCUACCCCUGGUAAGAUCUCGGUCGAGUGGAAUGGCUCUGACAAGAAGGACCCAGCGUCGGCCCGCGUCGAGGCCCCAUCCGCUGUUGCCGCAGCUCCCGCUGCAGCCCCCACUACCUCUUCCAGUUCCGCCGGACCCGCUGCCAAGGAUGUUUCUGAGUUCAAGGUCCCCGAGAAGGAAUUCACCAUGGAGGAGGUUGCCAAGCAUAACAAGAAGGAUGACUUGUGGAUUGUUGUCAAGGGAGUUGUCAUGGAUGUGACCAACUGGCUCGAUGAGCACCCUGGUGGCGCCCCGGCUUUGUUCAGCCAUAUGGGUCGUGAUGCUUCCGAGGAAUUCGAAAUGCUUCACGAUGACGAGGUUAUUCCCAAAUACGCCUCGCAGAUUGUUAUUGGCCGUGUCAAGGGCCAACAGCCCCGAUUGGAAUACUAAUUUCAUUUCAAAAAGAAGAGAAGAGAAUAUACACUGGAGUUGAAGAGCUAACUGUGUGACUAUUUGCAUUUAUGAUUGCGUUUACUUUGUUAUGACGACUUACUGGAGUCUUAUUUAUAUACCUAGUCUCCUUGAUCUGUAUACCUAUGAAUCGAUUCUUCAAUCAUACACUUGUACUAGCCAUAAACUUAAAGAUUAAUGAUGUCCGUAGCACGCCUAGCCCGUUUAUAUAACAUUUGAAUUAAAAUUAUAUCUGCAU